GUUGUUCAGACACUUUGGCAAUUUUUUUUAUUAAAUAUAAUUUUGACAACAAUUAUAAUUUUAUAAAUAAUGACGUGGUUGCUUAUACUGCUGGGAUUAUGGAUUUGGUGGAUGUCUGGAUAUAAACAUAGAAAAAGACUGAGGCAAAUAGUUAAAGAGCUGCCUACAACUCUUCCAGCGAUGCCGCUGGUUGGACAUGCGUACAUAUUUAUGGGGAAUGAUGAAGACAGAAUGAAAGGCAUCCAAAGGUUUGGACGAGAUGCCAUACAACAGGGCGGGACCAUGGGAUAUUGGCUAGCCCACGAGUUAAAUAUCGCCGUGGCGGACCCUGUGGUGGCAGACUUGCUUCUAAAAAAUUGCCUGUCAAAACAUGAAAAAAUAAUGAACUGCACACGCAUUUUCACUGGCAAUGGCAGCUUAGCCGCUCCAGUGCACAUUUGGCGACCACGCCGAAAGAUCCUGUCACCAAUCUUCAGCCCGAGGAACCUAAACGCCUUCGUUGAAAUAUUCGCAAAGCAGAGUGCCACAAUGGCAGAGCUUCUACGCCCUAUGGCGGGUACCGAGGACUUCUCCAUUUGGAAAUACGUGGCUACGUACACCUUCGACGCUGUGACAGAAACCAAUUUAGGCGUAAAGAUGAACUCCCAGGUGAAUAUGGACCACCCAUACCUAGAUGCAUUCGACAAAUGUGUCAGUUUUAUAGGGGCCAGAAUGUUGUCACCCUGGCUUCAUCCAAAUUUUAUCUAUCGUAUGGUGCCAAGUUACAGACAGUGUAAAAGUUACGUUAGCUACAUUGACAAAUUUGUGAGUGAGACCAUUUUAGAAAAAAGAAAAGCGGUAAACGGAUUACGUGGAAAGAUAGGAAGUGAUGCCACGGAACCAAAGAAGAUACGAACCUUAGUGGAGUUGCUAAUGGAGACACCAGAAAAUGAAAAAAAGCUAAACGACUUGGAGCUCGUAGAGGAAUCGAAGGUUAUCAUAAGUGCAGGCACAGACACAUCAGCCAUAGGAGCGUGCAACACUUUGCUCAUGCUCGCCCGCCAUCCCAAAGUCCAAGAAGCUGUUUAUAAGGAGCUGCAUGAAGUAUUCGGUGAUUCAGAUAGAGAGGCGACUGUGGAGGAUUUGUCUCGUCUUAAAUACUUGGAAAUGGUCAUCAAGGAAUCGUUGCGAAUGUAUCCUCCUGUGCCAGCGAUUGUUAGAGAGCCGAUCGACGACAUUAAAUUGCCAAACGGAACGACCCUCCCUAAAGGGAUCGCUAUAGUGGUAUACAUCUGGGCUGUGCACCGGAACCCUCAGUAUUGGGGAGACGACGCAGACAGUUUCCGACCCGAGCGAUUCCUUGAACCCUUCAAGCAUCCGGCCCAGUUCAUACCUUUUAGCUGGGGGAUGAGGAACUGUCUAGGGUAUCAGUAUGCAAUGCUGUCCUUGAAGACGGUAACAUCCACAAUCCUGAGAAGAUACCAAGUGCUUCCACCUGCGGGCCUGGAGCCGGACCACUAUGAGGACCCGCUUAGGGUCAGAUUUAAAGUCAUGAUGAUGGAUGUGGACAAUUUUAUAGUGCGUUUGAAGGAGAGAGUUUGAAUGCGGAACUAAGCUUGGCUGUGUUCUAAAAAUAUUUA